AUGCCGCACAUUGACGAGGCUGUGACUUCUGAUGCGAAAGAACUAUGGCGUCACUCAUCGCCCGAGUCCACUCAGAUAUAUGAUUUUAUGACCAAGAUAAACAAGAAGCAUGGUCUAUUAUUGUCGGAUUAUGAUUCCCUUUGGAAAUGGAGCACAUCGGAGCCCGCCAAAUUCUGGGAAGAGAUUUGGCACUAUACCCAUAUCAAAGCUCACAAGCCAUACAACACGAAUCUGCUCUUCCCGGCGGCCAAUCCAGACGAGGACUCAAUUGCCAUCAUUGGAGCCACUGAGGCUGAUCGCGAGUUCAUUUCCUGGAAGGAGUUGCGAGAGCGCGUUCGCCAAACGGCCAAUGCUUUGAAGGAAGCCGGUCUCCAGACUGGCGACCGUGUUGCAGGGUUUGUGGGCAACCAUGCCAACACCGUUGUUGCCAUGCUGGCUGCGACAUCCAUCGGGGCCUUCUGGACUGGUGUUUCUCCAGAUACUGGUGUGCACGCUGUCCUAGAGCGACUGAAGCAGAUCCAACCUAAGGUUUUCUUUGCGGACAACUCCUCGCUCUACAAUGGCAAGAUCCACGGCUCCCAUGCCAAAGUGCGCGAAAUCGUCUCCGAGCUGCCUGAUCUCGAGCUCUUAGUGAUCUUUGAGAUAGCAAAGUCUCUAGAUUUUGAUAUUGCAGAUGUCCGUCCCCAAAAUGGAAAGGCAGUCACCUUGGGAACGUUCCUGUCUACUGUUCGGGACCAAGAAGCCCCGUUGGAGUUUGCUAUCUAUAUUCUGUACUCUUCGGGAACUACUGGUGCACCGAAGCCCAUUGUGCACGGCUCGCUAGGCACUCUGUUACAGCACAAGAAGGAACAUCUCCUUCACUGCGAAAUCCGACCCGGUGAUCGACUUUUCUACUUUACGACGACAACGUGGAUGAUGUGGCACUGGCUCGUUUCCGCCCUGGCCAGUGGUGCAACGAUUGUACUGUAUGAUGGAUCACCAUUCCGCCCGUUCGACGUCGAAGGAGGAAAAGGAGAAAUGGCCAUGCCGCGCCUGAUAGAAGAACUCCAGAUCACCCACUUCGGCACCUCCGCGAAGUACCUUUCCAUCCUAGAACAAGCCGCCUUGAAUCCCAGCAAGAACAAGCACCGCCCUGUGAACCUUAAAACUCUGAAGGCUAUCUUCAGUACUGGGUCACCGCUGGCUCCAUCGACUUUCGAGUACAUCUACUCUUCUCUCCACUCCGAUAUUAUGCUGGGCUCUAUCACGGGCGGCACAGAUAUCCUGUCCUUGUUCUGCUCUGGAUGUCCGAUUUUACCUGUCUACAAGGGCGAGAUUCAAUGCCGUUCCCUCGGUAUGGCCGUAUCUGUGUUUGACUACGCCGGUAAAGAUAUCAGCGCCUCGGGUGAACCAGGUGAUCUUGUUUGCACAACCCCAUUCCCAGCACAGCCCGUCAUGUUUUGGCCACCCGACGCGACUGGCAUGGAAAAAUACCGAAAGAGCUACUUUGAAGUCUUCGGGACGUCUGUCUGGCACCAUGGAGACUUUGUUCGCGUGAACCCGGAGACGGGUGGUGUGGUCAUGCUGGGCCGCAGCGACGGCGUGCUUAAGCCUUCUGGCGUCCGAUUCGGAAGCGCGGAAAUCUACAACAUACUCCUCAAGCAUUUUGCAGAGGAGGUUGAAGACUCUCUCUGUGUUGGCCGAAGGCGAGAGGGCAUCGACACCGAUGAGACUGUCGUGCUCUUCGUCAGACUUGCACCUAAUAGCAUCGUCGAUGUAAAGGAACUCUCAUCACGGAUCCAAGCUGUCGUUCGCAAGGAACUGAGUCCUCGUCAUGUGCCCGGCGUCAUCGAAGCCUGCCCCGAGAUUCCGGUCACUUCUAAUGGCAAGAAGGUUGAGAACGCGGUUAAGCAAAUCUUGUGUGGACUGAACAUUAAGAUCGGCGCCAGCGUGGCCAACGCCCAUUGUCUUGAUUGGUAUCGUAAUUGGGUAUCUGAGAACCCCUAA